AUGCAAUCACCAGAGCAUCUCGGAAUCGAGCAUCUUGAGCCAUUGCGCCGAGCCUUGAUCAAUUUCCUUUCCGCGCCGAUCAGCGAGUUUACGUAUGCUCAGAUCAUCGAUGGGCAGCCUACAAGCAACGUCUACGCCGCCGAUCAUCAUUUCAGAGAAGGUCUGGCCGUCUCAGACCAUGAGGCACUAUGUCCUGGCUCUCUGGAGAAGGCGAGGGCGUUUCGCUCAGACUUCAACGUUCUUGAUCUAACUUUUAACCCUAAUACUUUGCAAGCAUAUCAAGAAACCCUGCCAAGAUCUACAGCGUGGAAGCUGCGGCUUCUUGAACUAGUUGCUGGUGCUUGUCAUAACAUAGCUAUUUACCUAUAUCAGAUGGAUGCUGGGGUCCAUAAACAUCGGGAGCAUGAAGAAUGGCUUUCUGCAAAGCUUGCAAGUCUCCCGGAAAAGUCUCUUGACCGGAAAGCCUUGCCUCCGCCUACGCUCUUCUGGAAUGGUAGGUAUAUAGAGUCGUCUCGAUAUCCCAGUGGAGUUGCCGACAUGGUUGGAUACUGGGCAGAGACGCAAAUCUUUGGUGGCGUUGUUCUUUUUGAUCGUGGCGAGAGUGAAGAAGAGUGCAACGGCAUGUAUCUGCACAGCGGCCGUGGAGGACGCACUGGCAUCACCAUUGCACCGCCCACAAAAGAGCAGUUCGACGGCUUGGUACAUUAUCUAUUAUCCCCAACACCGGACCACAGUCAUUGUCCAUUUCCCAUCGAGGUUACCCCAGAUAACAGGUGGCGUUGGCAUCCUUAUGAUGGCAGGGUUAAGCACCACAUUUGGCGAAAUCGCUACGAGAUCCCUGAAGGACCACGCCCGCGCGCAAAGGACGUCAUCAGCGGCUACGACUGGCCGGAAAUAACCGAAGAGAUUAAAAUUAGAAGAGAGUUGGUAAAGAAAGAGGCAGGGGAGCCUUUCGAUGAGACCUUUUUGACUGCAGCUAUGGAAACAAACCGACAGGUUACUCCGACAUCUAGGCUCUGGGAUUAUCACAAGAAAAGGAUAAUGGAGCUGGAGCCUGACAGGAAGAGGCAAGGACGUCCACUAUACUUCUUUGAUCCUUAA